AUGGGCCGACCACCGAAUCUCUACUCCUUCCAGUCCAUCGACGACGAGCUCGCACCGAAUCUCCGGAAAUAUGUCCUCGAGCAGCAGAACGAAGCACUGAAGCGCCACGGCGUCUUCCGGGUCGCAGUAUCUGGAGGCUCACUUCCAAAGACUCUUGCCAAAGCCCUUCUUGCACCUUCAAGUGGCGAAGGGGACACGGUCGAGUUCCCGAAAUGGGAAGUCUUCUACGCCGACGAGCGAUGCGUGCCACUGGACCACGAGGACUCGAACCACAAGCUCGUGAAGGAGGAACUGCUCGACAAAAUCCCCUCUGACAUGGGCCAGCCGAAGGUCUAUCCGAUCGAGGAGCAGAAUCUGGAGAACGAGCAGGAGGUCGCAGAUCAGUAUGAGAAGCUUCUGGUCAGCAUCUUCGCUGCUCGCGACUCUGUUAAGCUCCCGCUGUUCGAUCUGAUACUUCUCGGCUGCGGCCCGGACGGCCACACCUGCUCGCUCUUCCCGGAUCACCCACUUCUGAGAGAGCAGGAUGCCUGGGUCUAUUCCAUCUCAGACUCCCCAAAGCCGCCAUCCAAGCGCAUCACUCUCAGUCUUCCUGUCGUGCUUCAUGGCGCGAAGAUUGGCUUCGUGGCGACGGGAGGUGGCAAGCAGGAAGUGCUCAAGAAGAUCUUCGAGACGGAGGAGGGCAGCAAGCUACCUUGUGGGCUGAUCAAUGCUGGAGCGGGCGACAAGGUCAGCUGGUUUUGCGAUUCGCCGGCCGUGGAGAAUGUGAGCUUUCCGCGCAGGGGGAGCGUGAUGUGA